GUUGGAGGUGAUGAUGAAUUCCGUGCUCCUUGUGGAGACGAGGGAUGGCCGACGAGCUGCCCAGCGGUUCCUUCUUCAAAUCUUCAGAUAUCGCGACCAACUGUUCGAGCAACUGCCAGACGACAUCCGCAGGAGGCAACUUGAGCAGCUGAUGCUCGAGUGGAAUGCUGACAUCGCCUAC